GCCCCUCUCCUCACGCCUUCCUCGCCUGCCGCGCGCCAUGGCCGGCGACGCCCUGGCCGCCGAGGACGCCGCGCCCCCGUCGCCACGCCCCGUCGCCGACGGCUUCCUCCGCUUCCUCCUCCCGGCGCCCAAGCCGCGCCCGGCCGCGCCCACCGCGGCGCCCGCGCGCCUCGUGCCGCCGCACCGCCUCGUCGCGCCGCGGCCCGCGGCCCCCGCGCUGCUGCGCCCCGAGGAGCGCCUCCACAUCGUCCCGCCCACGCGGCCCGACUGGCUCCCGCCACCGGCGCCGCGGAAGCCCCCUGCUCCUCCUCCUCCUCCUCCUCCUCAUCGCCCGCCGGCGCCGUGGGGCGCGGGGGUGAGGCCGCGGCCGUUCCCGCCGGCGCUCGGCGAGCCGAGGACGCGCAAUGCGGGUCGCUUCGCUGGACAGGUGAACGGCGCGAGGGGGAGGGGCCCAGCGGCCGUCGCCCACAGCGGUGGAGGAGGUCGCUCUGGUUCUCAGAAGCCCAAGGCGGCGGCGGCGGCGGCGGUUCGCAAGGAGAAGAAGGCGUGGGUCGCCGUCGAGAAGAAGGGCGAGGAUGCCGGUGACGAUGAUCGGGAGGCGGUGAGCGAAGGGUAUUCCGGUGGGGAUGAGGCGGCCACUGAAGCCGAGGACCGACUCGAACCGGAGAGCGAGCAGGACAACGGUGGUCAUCUCCGGGGUCUCGAUCGGGAAGACGACGCGACGAAUUCUCUGGACAUGGCUGCUAAUCAAGAGUGUUCCGACGUCGGCGGCAGCGAGCGGCCAAGAGAGCAGCUCGUACGUCAGUCGAAUCAAGUAACACAUUCGCGGGGCAGAAUGCGCCGAUCGCAGGUGGAAUGCCGCCCCGACAUCGACACCUUCACGCCUGGCUUGCUCGCGCUCUACGAAUCCCUGAAGCCGUCAGAAGAGCACAAGUCAAAGCAGCAGCAGCUUGUGGACUCUCUGGCGAAGUCUGUCAACAAAGAGUGGCCCAAUGCCCAGCUGCAUCUCUACGGAUCAAGCGCCAAUUCGUUUGGAACAUCACACAGUGAUGUUGAUGUUUGUCUUGAGAUGGAGAUUGGCACCGCGAGCACAGUUGAGGUUCUUGUGAGGUUAGCAGAUGUAUUAAGAGCUGAUAAUUUCGACAAUGUGGAGGCAAUUACCAGUGCCAGAGUUCCGAUUGUAAAGAUGUCCGAUCCAGGAAGUGGCUUCUCUUGUGACAUAUGCAUCAACAAUCUCUUUGCUGUUGCUAACACAAAGCUUCUCAAGGAUUACGCCCAGAUAGACCAGAGAUUGCUUCAGUUGGCCUUUCUUGUGAAACACUGGGCCAAACUGAGGGGUGUCAAUGAAACAUACCGUGGAACCCUCUCUAGCUAUGCGUAUGUUCUUAUGUGCAUCAACUUUUUGCAGCUGCGAGAGCCCAAGAUUCUACCAUGUCUGCAGGCCAUGGAGCAAACAUAUACCAUGACUGUUGAUGACGCCGAGUGUGCAUAUUUCGAUGAAGUCCAUCAACUCCAAGAUUUCGGUGCUGAAAACAAGGAGAGCAUCGCGGAAUUGCUCUGGGCGUUCUUCCACUACUGGGCAUUCCACCACGAUUACAGGCACGCCGUCAUCUCCGUUCGCAUAGGGAGCAUAAUCAGCAAGCAGGAGAAGAACUGGACUACUCGCGUCGGAAAUGACCGCCACCUGAUGUGCAUCGAAGACCCGUUUGAGAUUGGGCAUGAUCUAGGCCGUGUGGUUGACAGGCAGACGAUCAGGAUCCUCAAGGAAGAGUUCGAGCGAGCUGCUGCCGUGCUGCAGUACAACGAUGACCCCUACGUGGCUCUCUUCGAGCCCUAUGAAUAUAAAAUUGAUCAGCAUGAAACAACUGACAAGUAGCUGAGAGGACAGUUCGACGAUAUCCUGAAGUGAUUCUGACCUGAUGAUAAAUUGUUAAGACAUCUGAUAAACAAAGUACCAACUGGUUGAAACGUAGUGUUGGGAUCCAAAUGCUAAUGCCUCAAAGUGCCAAAGUUUAGCACUAUUCUAUCCAAACGGGAGUGCUAA